GUUUUGUUUGUGUUAUUUUAAAACUUCUCACCUAAAUAUGUUGUUUAUGUUGGAGCACAGAGGGGUUCUUUGUUUAGAACAAACCUGGAGUGAGGAGGUUCAGAUAAGUUAUUUCUUCCUCACAUUCGGCUUUAACACGGUAAAUGCUUCUGCGAGAAUUAUGGUGUUGAAGAAUGCUAAUUCUGUGAGAAUCAGGGAUCGGGGACUAAAUUAUAAAUGCUAAACAACUCGUAAGACAUUUGGCCAACCCUGCAGAGGAUCAACUCCUAUAUCAGGGCCACUACAGCAUACACGCUAAAUCAAUAGGGGAAUUUCUGUUUUGAAACAUAAAUAUUUUAAUCUGGGGAUGUAAAUUCGGCCAAAUUAAUUACCCGACCUACGGUUACAUGAAGGUCUAUUUGAAUCCAGUGAUAAAUUUGACCAAAAAGUGCCACAGGUACAGAAGGAAGGCGAACACCUGCGAACACCACGAAAGGUGGAGAUUUUGUCAAUAUUGGUAUCAAUUUAAUAUGGAUACAAAAUGUAAAAAUUUUUAUCUGUAUUAUUCUGCUUUAACAGCAAGCAUGAUGUCUAUGGCGACUGGAUGUAAACAAGUAUGGAACUCGCCGGUAAUACCAAAACUUAUGUCAAACGACACGUCAAUCAACCCUCUUGGAAUACCUAUAAGCGUGCUACAAGUUUCUCUAUUGACUGCUCUAAAUCCGAUAGGAAUAAUUAUGGGUACUGUCCUCAUAGGAAAAUUACCAGAUAUAAUUGGAAGAAAGAAAACUUUGAUUCUGAUAACCACAGGGGGAAUGGUAUCUUUUAUAGGUUUAUAUUUCGCUAGAUAUCUUUAUCAAUAUAUUAUAUUACUUUUAUUAAUGUCGACAAAUGUAUCGGCAGUAAUUAUAGUAGCACCGAUUUAUACAGCCGAAAUCGCCGAGGAUUGUAAUCGGGGUAAUUUGGGGAGCUUGAUGACUUUCUGGGCAGUUCUAGGUCAACUUUACGGGUACGUUGUAGGUGCCGUGACUACGGUUAAUACUUUUUUUUUAUUAUGUGCCUUACCUUCCUUCAUCGUAUUGAUAAUGUCCAUAUUCAUACCGGAAUCUCCGAUUUAUCUUUCGAUGAAAGGGGAUAAGAUUGGGGGUAUGCGCGUUUUAAAGACAUUACGUCCAUCGAAAACUAUGAGUGAUAUAGAGACGGAAUUUUAUGAGAAAGAGCAUGUUUUGAACGAUAAGAAGAAGGAUGAACAUGUAAGUUUGAAGAGUUUCUGCGUGAGUCGUUCGGUGAGGAAAGCGUUGAUUCUGUCGAUAGCUACUAGAUGUCUUUCCGAUCUGUCAGGUUUAACUAUAGUUUUAUCUUUUAUGGCGACGCUUUUAAACGACGCUCAAACUAAUAUAUCUGGCGAUAAUUUAGCAAUUAUUGUUAUGGUUAUCAAAAUUUUAGCUUCGAUUGUAACUAUUUUUGUUAUAGAAAAAGCUGGGCGUAGAAUUUUGAUUCUCUCGAGUGCUUUGGUAUGCGGUACUUCGAUGUUUGCAUUAGGUCUUUAUUUUUAUUUCAAAAUUAAUAAUUAUCUAUUGCAUCGAUCGCUUGGUUUGAUACCAAUAAUUGCGAUCGUAUGUUUUCUUUCUAGUUAUAGUUUCGGUCUUAGCGCGGUGCCGUGUGUACUGCGAGCCGAGCUGCUACCUAACGAAUUGAGAGCAAUUGGGAGCAGUAUAGCUCAAUUCAUCGGUACGGCGGCUCUUAUAGCCGUUUCGUUUGCUUAUCCAUUGGUUUCUACUUAUUUGGGGGUACAAUAUAAUAUGUUCACUUUCAGUUUAUUCUGUUUUACUGGUUUCACUUUCUUAUUUUUUCAUUUACCCGAAACGAAAGGAAAAAGUUUUGCCGAAAUUAGGAAUUUGCUGAAAUAAUUUGUAUGUAAUAAUGUUCCUGGAUAAGCGAAACGACUCUCGAAUAAGAUAUGUAAUUAGAAUACAGUUCUUUUCUCACUGAACCUGGAUGCAGUAUCUAUUAUUGUUAUACAGUUCUGAGGUAGAAGAUUUAUCAUCAUAUAUCUCAACAAAACCGUUUGAACUAUCGAAAUGUACUAUUAUCAAUGUACGCAGCUUGCCUGAAGGUGGAUUUAAACCAGCAGAUAAAUUAUAUGAAAAAGCAUUGGCCGCGUGCCAAGAAUUUUGUCUACUAUCGAAAUAUUCUUUUCUCAAGAAGAACGCAUGUGCUUUCUUUUCUCCGAAUGAUUUUCUAUUUGAAAUUUUGGUUUUCCUGGAGCUUUACGUGGUUUUCCUGCUGUUUGAAAUCAGCCGCAUUCUACUCUUUGUCUAAUGUUUAUCUGUAAAAGAUUUAAAUAUCAUGUUCUAUCAUUAAGUGUUGAAGGAUCGAUUUUUCUUUCUUUAUUUCUAGAUACACGGGACUUUUGGUCCAUCUAAACAUUUUUCUAUUAUUCUGUACAUCUUAAGGUAAUGGAAGAUCAAUAAAACCCAGGAAAUUUGUAUUAGCUCAGGUAUAUUUAUGAAAAUUAGUACCUCCUACUUAAAAAUGAACUAUUUUUUCAAUAGAUUUUCGGAAUUACCUAAAAACUGCAUGUACUCGUUCCCCAAAAGAAAAACAGAACUGCAACGACUUGUAAAUUGGUUUUACUUAAGUUUGUAAUCAUGUUUCAAUUUCUGAGUAACAUUUUACGAUCUGCAUCAGCUUCAUCAUGAGGUUUUAUAUAUUUCUUCUUGUAACAAAUGCUCUCCGUUGUAAGAAAUCUUUUGGUCAAAUGUAAAAAAGUUUAUAUUCCAUUACAUUGAAGACAUUCUGACUAUCAUCAUCAUUUAGCUCAACUAAGUCCACCGCUGGACAAAAGCCGCCCGUAAUUAAAUUUAUCUGUGUCGAUUCUAUGAGGCUUUCGUGCUGUUUGAUCGCAUUCUGUUGAUAUCCUCAAACCCUGAGGCCUCCACUUAACAUUUUCUUUGUCCAGAGUCCAUUCGUAAACCUAGUAACUUGACCAGUUCCAUUUUAAAUUUGUUCACUAAAUUGCAUCAGUUGAACCUGAUAUUUGUCUAGAUGGUUUAUACAAAACUAUGUCUGUAAGGAAAAAAUUUUUCUAGUUUUUUUUGUACAAUGCUUAUUUCAAUGUUUUAUAAUAAAUGAGACAAAUUAUUUAAAUUUAGUUAUUAGUAAAAUGUUUUAAUUUAGGUUUACAAAAUAAUAUGUUCAUAGUGUUAAUAUUAAUCCGGUCAAUUUGGACAUUCGAAGUUACAUAAAUUCCCUUUAAGUUGAAAAUCAGCAAAAUUGUUCAAAAUACGUGUAUGGAAAAAAAAUUAUUCAAGGUCGUAGGUCAAAAAAAUGAGUUUUUCGCAAUUUUCAGCAAAACGGUGAGUUUUACUAUAAAAAUACUUUAUACGAAAAUUGUAGAUCAUAAAAUUAUCUACAAAAAAGUAUCAGCACUUUUUUUCUGCGACCCACCGUUUCUGAGAUAUAACGAUUCAAAAAGUUGUAAAAGUUGUCGUAUUUAAUGGUUUCAUCAACAUUAUUAUCAGCAGUAAACUUUUCUUACAACAUUGAAAUGAACCGAGAAAUGUGAGUUUUUGUAAGAAAUUUCUGUUGACUGGUGGAAACUGUCAUAAGUUCAUCAAAUAAAUUAUCAAAUGACGAAGAUGUUGAUAAAGUUCGAGGAUGUUAAAUCUGAAACAUUAUGAUUUUUACAACUUUUUGAAUCGUUAUAUCUCAGAAACGGUAGAUCGUAAGAAAAAAAGUAUUAAUACGUUUUUUGUAGAAAAUUUUAUGAUCUACAAUUUUUGUUAAAGGUAUUUUUAUGAUAAAACUUAUCGUUUUGCUGAUAAUCGCGAAAAUACUCAUUUUUUUGACCUCGAAUAAAUUUUUUUUCAUACACGGAAAUGAUGUGGAACAUCCAAAUUUUAUUUUCAUUUGUAUAUUUUACUGAUUUUCAGCUUGAUGAGAAUUUAUGUAGCUUCACUCUUAUUUUUUGGUCUAAUUUGACCGGACUAUUUGUUGAUUCGAAAUCCUCAGUUUCUUAUCUCAACCACGUCAUUUCAAGAGUUUUUUUAUAUCGACUCUUGAAUAUAAUUUUUAUAUAAAUAUGUUAAGAACAAAAAUUAGUAUUUUAUUUUUUGUUUCAAAAGAGAAUUUGUUUAAAUAAAAUUUGUUAUUUUU